AUGGCACGCGAAGAUCCGAUUUUGGACGACAUCCUCGCCUGGUUUGAUGCUUUUGCGCCGACCAAACUGGCAGGCUCUUGGGACAAUGUGGGCUUGAUUGCCCAGACGCCGGUGCCGCGGACUCACCGCCGCGUAUUUCUAGCCGUGGAUCUGACGCCGGCCGUGGCGGACGAGCUGCUGGCCCGCACAGAUAUUCAUACAGCGAUCGUGUACCACCCUGUGAUCUUUGCGGCGACCCGCAAAAUCACUAUGGCCGAUCCCCUGCAGCGCUCGAUCCUGCGGUGCAUUGCUGCGGGCAUCCACAUCUACUGCCCGCACACGACCAUUGACGCGUGCCGACAGGGCAUCAACGACUGGCUUAUUGCUGGCCUCUCGCAUGCAUGGGAGAAGGAGGCGCCAGCCGAUGACGAGCUGUACAAGGCCGUGCAGUCCGCGCGCUACACCAUUGUCGAGCCGAACGAAGACGACCCUGAGUUUGGUGUAGGUCGCGUGGCGUCGUUGCCGAUGCCAUGUACGUGGACGACCCUUAUUGCCCGUGUCAAGGCACUCUUGCGUAUUCCGCAUGUGCAAGUCGCUCCCGCAGCGAAUGUGCGUGGCGAUACCAACGUGUCGACCAUCGCCGUGUGUGCAGGCUCCGGUGGCUCGGUGCUGCGCUCGCAGACGAACGUCGAUGUGUGGGUCACCGGCGAAAUGGGCCACCACGAAAUUCUCGCAGCCAAUGCGCGUGGCGUGUCUGUGAUCCUCGCGAACCACACCAACACCGAGCGCCAGUACUUGCGCGACGUCUUGCAGUCGGCCUUGAUCCAUGGUGGGUUCGACGUCGUGGUCUCUGACACCGACGCCGACCCGUUGCAGGUCGCCUAG